AGAGAGACAGAGAGUAGCAUUGACAGUUGUUGUUGUGAGAUUUAGAGGAAGAAAGAAUGAUAAAGGCGGUAAUGGUUAUUAACACCCUCGGCAAGCCUCGUCUUUCCAAAUUCUACGAAUUCCAGCCAGUGGAGAAGCAACAGGAGCUCAUACGCCAUGUCUACGCAGUCUUAAGCAACAGGCCUGACAAUGUCAGCAAUUUUAUUCGGAGCUUAGGUUCAAUUUUCGGCCCGGAUACAAGGCUCGUGUAUAAGCACUAUGCUACCUUAUAUUUCGUGUUUCUAUUUGAUAACUCUGAGAAUGAGUUGGCCAUGCUCGACCUAAUACAAGUUUUUGUGGAAACACUUGACAAAUGCUUCAGAAGUGUAUGCGAGCUUGAUGUAGUAUUCAAUUAUAGCAAGAUGCACACCAUUCUAGAUGAAAUAAUUUUAGGCGGUCAAGUGCUAGAAACAGAUUCUGUUGAAGUUAUGAGAGCAGUUGAAGAGAUUACAAAAUUAGAGUCAACCACAAGUGCUAGCACAUUGAUCAACAAAUCUAUUCCAUCUUGGUGGGCUAGAUAGCACAUAGUUCGCUCUGUACAUUACCAAAUCUGAUUGUGUUGGAAAUGAACUCUGUUGAAUAUGGCAGCAGCAACAACAAAAACAACAUACCCAUGUAAUCACACAAGUGGGGUCUGGGGAGGGUGGGGUGUACAGAAACCUUACCUACCUUGUGAGGGUAGAGAGGUUGUUUCCAAUAGAGCCUUGGCUCAAGUAAAGCAUAUCACUCUGUUGAAUAUGGCGUUUAUACUUUUUCAUUGUGGCAUGUUAACUGACUUCUCAAUUCGUAGUCAUAGCUGGAUACACCUUUAUCUGUGUUAUAGGAUUUUCUUUAUAGGGUCCUUUGCUGUUAGUUAUACCGAGUAUUAAAACAACUACCAUGCAAAAGCCAAGCUGAAAUUCAGUUUAAGUACAAUAUUCUAAUACAAUACCUACCUUGUAUGUUGAAA